GCCCGGGCCCGGGAGCCUCCCCGCUUACCGCACUAGGAAGUGACGCUUUCGCUGAGUCCCGGCGAGAAAGAAACAAAGUUUGUUGGGGGUUUUUUUGUUUUUGUUGUUUUUUUAUUUGUUUGGUUUUUUCCCCCCCUCCUUCUUCCCGCCCACCCCUCCUCUGCAAACAGCCGCUCCACGUUCCCCCGCGGCGCCCGCCGUGCCUGGCUGCGCAGGACCUGUAACUAAGUGGACCCUACUGACCUCUGAACCACAAAGUAUAAGAGUGAAAAGAAGUGGGAGAAGCGCACAAAGAAAAAGGAAGUGAAUGCACUUUCAUCUGGACUUCUUUCCUGCCCAUUAUUACUAAAGCUGAAUGAAAAAGAAAGACUGCUGUGCCUUUCUUCCCCCAACCUCAGGGAUGGGUGGAUUAUAAAUACUGUGUGUGUGGCUGGGAGAAUAGACUGAACCAUGAAUCUCCAGGCUCAGCAAAAGUCUUCAAGCAAACGGACUGGGAAACGAGUUGCCUAUUUUAAUGAGCAGGACAUAGCUGUGCCAUCAAAAGAACCACAGCAGCAGCUUAAGGAAGGACAGUACUAUGGUCAUGGAGGGAAUAUACCAGUCUCCCAAGCUGUGGAGAUUUCUCAUCCAGGAGGAUUAACCAGUGCGCCCAACAACGUUGCUUUGAUGAACUCUGUUUACAAUCAAGACAGGGGAGAAUCAGUGAUGAUGCCCCAGUCAGUAACAGCUGUCAAAUGGCAGAAUUCACUAAUGGGAAACCGGUUGCCAGAGAGGGGUGACAGCCACUGGCAGUCUCCAGCUUCAAUGUGGAACCACAGCAUGGUUUUUGGGGGCAACCCAAAAGGACCCCACUCCAAUGCUGGUGCCCCAAGCUUCUAUGGCCACCCAGAAGCCCUUAAAAGAAAUCAAGAGAAAGGAGUGUUUGUGUCACAGCUGGAUUUAUAUGGAGAUGCUGUCCAGCAGAUGAUGUCCCAGAAGGCUCAGCUGGAGCAGCAAGCCCUGGUUAGACAACAAGCUCAAAUGAAUUCUUUUCAUCAAAUGCAGAAACAGCAGCAGCAGAAUCAAACUCUACCGUUGCAGCCUUUCCAACUUGCGUUUGGUCACCAAGGCCAAAAGCAAGGUCUUCCUGAGUUGUUGCAUGUCUUUCAAGAAGCCCCAACUUCUUCCAGUUCAGCAUUUAGUGCACAACAAAAACAGCAAGCUCUUCCCCAGCUACAACUCUUUGAAAAUUUCUAUCCACAGCAGCAGCAACAGGCUGCCACACAAGCCUUCAGUCUGCAGCAAACAAGUUCUAUAACACAGCCUCAUGUGGCAGCUGCAGCACCCCAGCAUCACAUGAUGCCACACCAGUUUCAGCAAGCAGAGAGGAACCAGGAGCUAUUCAAGGCAUUAACAGAGCAGAACCAACAGACUGUGCUACCUCAGACCCAGAUUCCCUUUCCAAGAAGGUCACGGAGACUCUCCAAAGAAGGUGGCCUGCUGACAUCUGCAGGAGAAGUGUUGAGUUCUAAGCAGGCAGAAGAACAACCUGGCAAUUUAUUUCUGCAUCACUGGCAAACACAUCAGCAAGAGGUCCCAUUACAGCAGCCACCUGAGUCACUGGCCCCCAGUAAAAGUAGCUAUUUGCACCCCAGAAGGUUGGAUCUGGGGCAGAAGGAUGUCUUGGUCAAUAGUGAGCAGUACCAGAUGGAAGCAGACAGACAAGCUGCAGCCCAGAACGGUAGAGAUGAGGAGAAACAGGCAGCAGCACCUGAAGAAAACUCUCAGAGAACUAAUGAUUUUCAGAGUGUCAGAGGUGGUGUAAUCCAGAGUACCCGACGGAGGCGACGUGUUUCUCAAGAAGCCAAUUUGCUGACUUUGGCCCAAAAGGCUGUUGAGUUGGCUUCUCUUCAGAAUGUAAAGGAACUGGAUAAUUCAGAGGAGAAGAAGAGUGUGCUAGUAACAGCUCCAGGACCUACUGCAGCUUCAAAAAGUGUUGUGGAAUUUGCCAGUUCUUCACCAGCUCCCAAAAAAGCCCGGGAGGAUAGCAGCCUUGUGCCUCUUAUCAUUCCUGUGUCUGUGCCAGUGAGAAAAAUUGACUUGCAGAGCCUUGAAAAGGAGAAGUCUGAGGACGGAAAGCUCCUGAGAGGCCAAACAAACGAUCGAGCUCCUUGUGAACGGAAGCCUUCUGUGAUAGUCACUCGGAGGCGAUCUAAUCGUAGUACUAACAUGGAGACCUCGAGUCAGCAUGAAGAUGCUGUUCCAAAGGAUGAAGCAGAGGGCUUUGCCCGCAAACCAAAGCAGCGGCCAAGACCUGAGCCACUCUUCAUACCGCCAAAAGCCGGCACCUUUAUUGCACCACCUGUUUAUUCCAACAUUACUCCGUAUCAGAGCCACUUACGGUCACCCGUCCGUCUGGCAGACCAUCCUUCAGACAGGAACUUUGAACUACCUCCUUACACUCCUCCACCAAUCCUCAGUCCAGUGAGAGAAGGAUCUGGGCUGUAUUUUAACGCUAUCCUCUCUUCAGGCGGUCAUUCGGUUCCGCCUCCAAUGACUCCCAAAAGUGGUCACAGAACUCUGCUUAGAUCAAAUAGUUCAGAAGUUACCCCUCCGAUUCUUACGGUAGUGGGGGAAGCCACCCCGGUCAGCAUUGAACCGCGAAUAAAUGUAGGAACUCGCUUUCAAGCAGAAAUCCCAUCACUCCAAGACAGGUCUCUGGCAGAAGCUGAUGAACAUAAAGCAGAGCUGGUGUGGCAGCCAUGGGGUGACUUGGAAACCAACAAGGCCACCCAAGAGAAUGUGGAAAACCUGCUAGCUGCGGCCUGUUCAAGCAUUUUUCCUGGAGGUGGAACCAACCAGGAGCUGGCAUUGCAUUUCUUACAUGAAGAAAAGGGAAGCAUUCUGGGAGCUCUGACCAAACUGCUGUUGAAGACGCCAGUGCGACCGCCUACCCACCCUUUGGCAGAUUAUCACUACACAGGGUCAGACAAGUGGAAGGUUGCCGAAAAAAAGCUAUUCAACAAAGGCAUUGCAAUCUACAAGAAAGACUUUUUCUUGGUCCAAAAGCUUAUAAAAACCAAAACAGUGGCUCAGUGUGUGGAAUUCUACUACACGUACAAAAAACAGGUGAAAAUUGGUCGGAAUGGGACCUUAAUCUUUGGGGACAUUGAUGGUGCUAAUGAGAGAUCCAUGAAAGAUGAAGCUGAAGUUGACAUCAAGAGUUCCCAUAGGUUUGCACGUGUUCUUCCUCUCAGAAGGGACAUCUUCAGUGAGGAACAGGGGCAUGUGGAAGAGGAGGAGGAAGAGGAGGAAGAAGAGGAGGGAGAGGAAGGGUUGGAUAACAGAAAGAGGAGUGCCGAUGCUCUGAAAGAUGAACAGACACUACAGGAUGAGGUAGUGGCCAGCGACACCAAUAUGAGGAGUCAUGAGACAACUGUCAUGGGCAGAUUUGGGAGGAAGCCAAGGGAGACAGCAGUGAAGCCUCGAAAGCCUAUUGCUGCUCCAGUGCAGAGGAAGAAGAGGAAGCAGAAGAUAAAAUCAGAUGCUACCAGUAAAACGCAAAACACAGAAAACACAUUUCCAUGUAAAAAAUGUGGCAGGGUGUUCUACAAGGUGAAGAGCCGCAGUGCUCACAUGAAGAGCCACGCGGAGCAGGAGAAGAAGGCGGCGGCGCUGAGGCAGCAGGAGAAGGAGGCGGCGGCGGCGGCAGCCCGCAGCCAGGCCCGGCAGGAGGAGAGCAGCGACAGCGGGAGCGGCAGCAGCGCCAGCAGCAGCGCCAGCUCGGAUGAAGACGGAGAAAUAUAGCAGCAGACCAGGAGUGGAGGGAGUAGCAAGGCUGGACCCCACCUCCCUCUCGGUGGUCUCACUUUUUUUUGCUUGCACUUUUCUUACCUGAACCAUCAGGUUUUGGUUUCAGUGCUGCCAUUUCCUCAUGCCACAUGUUCCAGUUCACCUUGCCAGUACUGAAUGGUGGAUAACAAGAUUUGUUUCAACUUGGAUUUUUUUUUUUUUUAAGACUAAUAAGAUUUGUAUUCUAUUUAUAAUGAUAUCUGAGGUACAUAAUAGAACAAUGUCACCUGCAGUGGAAGUAAGUUCUCUCAGGUCAGUCAGACCUUCCUUUUUGUUCUUGUCGGGAAUCGUGGUAAUGGGACUCUUGGAUUUAAAGGUUUCCAGACUGGAGCAAGAAAAAGAAGCUCUACUCUGAGCUAAGUGUAUCCAGUUACUGUGACACUGGUGAUUUGUAGUUGUUUCCUUUCUCAGCAAGUUCUUCUUCCUUUUAUGCUUUCCUGUCUUUUUCUGAGCAGUUAUUCAGGCAGACAAGAAGUUUUGUGGAAAGACAGUGUGCACUUUUUACCUCUGUUUCACAGAAAUGAAAAAUGCAAUGAGCAAGACACUCUUCUUCCUUUUGAGAGUAAGUUUUAUUUUUCAAGCAGAAGCCUGAGGUUGAUUAUCUUAUGGCAUUAAGAAUGUAGCAAUGGAUAUAAAAAUAUCAUGUGGGAUUAGAGUAGCCACAGGCCUUGUAGGUUGUCUCGUCUUGGAAAACAAAAUAGUCAGCCUUCGAUUAACUUCAGGGAGUCUGGGCUUCACAAGUGCAAUUUGAAAUGAAAACGCCUGGGUUUGAAUUUACAUAAAUGGGAGCAAGUUUAUUUAGUGAAAACGAACCCAGAUCUUCUUGUGUGCUGGACUGUGUGCACCUCAGAAAUGGGUGGAAUGGACUCUCAUCUCCAGCAGUGAUCCCUCUUUGAAUGCUUUUACCUCUCAAUACCCUCUUCUAUCUUGCAGCAGCCCUCAUUUACUCUGAAAUUGCCAUCAUCAAGCUUUUAUGGCGGGGCCGUAGUUUCCCAGACAGUUGCUGUCAGACAGUAUGUACAGGAGAAGCUUGUCACCUCUUUGCACACCAGUGGCUGAGCACUGCUGCCUGCUGGCUUGUCCUGUUACGAGCUACACUCUUUGCUGAAAGGCUCACUCUUCCUUCAGAACUGUCACAAGCUAGGAGCCCAAAAAGUCUAGCCACCAAAAGCUGCUGUAAAAGCAGUUAAGAGGAGGUGGCCCAGGUGACAGAUGUUAGCUUUGCACAGGGUUGUUCAGUACAUCUUUAUAGCCCACAUUUGUCAUUAUUGGUAAGGAUGCAGAGAGUCACUUGUGGUUCAUGGCCAGCCGGUGCCAUCCUGCACCCAGCUGCCCGUCUCCCUCCCUCCAUCCAGUCUUCUUGCCCUGUAGUUUUAUGCAACCAUGAUGGCUUCACUCUUCUGUUUGGGAGGCUGUGUAUUGUGGUUUUUUGGACAUACCUAUGUUUUUGCAUAGAAUGUUCUUUCUGAAUAGCAGAAACAGUUACUACUUUUACAAAAUCAGGGGGAACGUCAUUAAGGACUGCACUCUUGGCAAAGUUGACACUUUCACCUGUAAGUGUUCAAUUUUCUGUCAAGAUUGUAUUUUUCAUUCCUAUCAAAUCUGGAGUUCCUUUCAGCAUUUAGAUGACCGUUCCAUGUUCCUGCAUUGAACGGAUCUUGUUGACUAACCAAGAAGCACAUGGCACAUCACAAACUGUUAAAAUCAUUCAAAAAACUGCAAAGAACUAAAAGCUGCUGCUUUAAAAAGAAGCUUAAGCAAAUCAGUCUUCCUCUUAAGGAUUUAAGUGUUGAUUUUUAUCUUUUUCAUUUUAUAAAUUGGAGAAAGUGCUUGUCUGCCAUUAAUCUUUGGGCCCUUGGAGAGAAUAGAAGCUUUAGCACCCUGUGUCAGGGGAAACAGUAGGUGAAGCAACUGCAAGCAUUACAGUCUUCCAAAGGUCAGAUCUUUCACUGAUUCUCCCUAUUUUAGGAAACGGACAUAAUUUUCCUCUUGUCAAGGACAAGCCCUUGAGGUGCUGAUUAGAAUAAAUCAGGUUUUCUUUACUUACAUAAAAAUGUUGUGUGUAUUACAUGCUGAUUCCAGUACUGGUGGUUCUCUCUCACCCCACUGCAGUAUAAGUAGAACAGAACAGGAAAACUGGACAGAGUCUGUCACUGGAAGAAAAUCAGAAAAGGGCUUUUUUCUGAGGAUAAUGUCUGUAACAGCUGUAGGUUAGCAGGGCUGACCACAAUCAAUCAAGUAAAUGUGCCAAGUGAGUGGCACCAAGUUGGAAUGAGUAUGUUUCUGAGCACACUUCCAAAUUGCUAGUAGCCACCAGAAGACUUCUUUUCUGGCUUGGUAGUAAGAGGAACAGCUCCUCCAAGUGUCAUCUUAAAAGACAAAUAAGCAAACCAAGCUUUCUACCCACUGGCUUACAGUAGGAGUUUGGAAUUGAUCCUGCUUUUGAAUUAGAGCUUGCCUACUAGCAAAAGUUGGCAGAGAAUUGUUUUUUAAAAAAAGAACAAAACUAAAACCUAAGCAACCAACCCCCAAUUUCUGUGGACAAAGCAUUUAAAUGGAAUUUAUCUAAUCUGAAAUGAGUUAAGUUCCUACUCUUUGUGGGGGAAAAAUAAUUUGAGUGGCUCUUUACUGCAGCACAGUGUUAAUUUUGUUAUAGUAGUUAAGAUUUAAAAAAACCCACCCCAAACAAACAAAAUUCUUGUCCAUGUUCUGUUGAUAUGUCUGUUUUAAAACUCCAUGCUCAUUAUUUUCCAUCAUUUAAAGGCCUGUUGAUUGAUCCUCAUUUAGUGUAAGGGCUUGUUGCUGAUUUAGGAAACAGGCAGUAGAAAGUCAUUAAUUUGAACAAGGUGUCUCUUCGCUUUAGUUCUUUUGUAUGGGAACAAAUAUUUAUAGAAGGAAAUUCUGUAAAUGUGUACUAAUAGAUUCGCCUUUUACAGUGCAAGAUCAGGCUUCAGGUGGUCAUAUAGCCCAUAGUCAGAUGGCUGUAUUUCAAAUCAUUACCUACUUGAAUCUUGAUGACAUCACAGAGAUGCAGUGACAGGUCACAUUUGCCCUGAUCAUGUACUUCUGCCCGUGCUUCUGCCCACCCUUUACGGAUAGAUUCAAUCUUUCAGGUUUGUGAUCUGCAUGGGAUAGCAUCUGAGUUUUGUAAGACUGUGUGUGUAUGUAAUAACUACAUAGAUGCAUGCACUUGUGAUGCAUAUCUGAUGUAGCUGCAGGUGUUUUGCAGUCUAGCUGCAAGAACCACUCUGCAUUUUAAUUUAUUUGAUGUUUGUUCUUUUACUGGUACAGGUGAUGGUAUCAGAAAGAACUUGGCUCUGUAAAUUGAAGGCCUACUGAAUUUCACUCAGCUGUGCAGGACAUGGCAUUUUGCUGGCUAGAAACAGGUAGGGAUGUAGCUGCUUAAAGGCAGGGCAAAGAUAGAAAUUCAAAAGUUUAAAGGUAACUCAUCUGUUAAACCCAUUGUAGACAAAGUCCAAAUUAACUAAAAAUACUCUCUGAUUUAUCAAACUGAGGCUUUUGGUCAUUUUCAUCAUUGCAACAAGCUUAGAUUAAAGUGAACACUUUUCAGAAAAAGUGUUUCUUAAAUCAUAAACUGAUCUUUCUCACUCUCAGCAGUUACAACACACUUCUUAAUUCUCUUCCAGGCAGCAGACUAGAAGGUUCCUACAGAUACAUACUGUAUUUUAAAGAAAUGGGAGUAGGAAGGACUAUAGCCAUAGGAGUCUUGUCUGCUUUCAUACAAUGGCACAUUUAGUCCAGUGCUUACCAGAAACCUUACUCUAAUACACAUUUUCCCACACAAACCUUCUCCCUGCUUUCUCUUCUGAUGUAUGUCUGGAAGUUGAUAAAGCUUUAAAGAGACAGAGAAGUGAGUCUACAAAUCGUGUUUGAUUUCUGGGGGAGUGAGUUUCUAUGUAAAUUCGUCACUUGGGUUCAGCUGCUUUACUUUCCCUCCUCCUCUCCUGUGUCAUAUGUUUGGAAGACACAAACUUUGAAUCCCAAGCUGUCUAAGGAUCUUUCUUUCCGAGACUAAGAUUACACUGACAGCCGAGCCUGAAAAAACCCUUAACUUCUCCAGAUUAGACUACAACGUAUAUUUUUAUAGAAAUGUAAUUGUGUAUUUUAAAAAGGUUUCCUGCAGCUUCUCCACAUGUAUUUUUCCCCCUUGUAGUUCAGAUUUGAUAUAAACCUUUUUUGUGUUCAUUCUUUUUAUGUUUUGUUUUUAAAUUUGUAGUCAAAGCUUUGGUGUACUGUACAGGAGCAGUCAGCCUUUGUAAUUACUGAAUAAAUGCUUUAUAAUAAAGUAUAUUACUUUUAUUUUAACAAGUGAGCAGACACUUCCUUUUGUGUGUCUGCUGCCUAGGGCACCUUUUAAAAGACUGUUACAUGUUUAAAAUGUACAUAUAUAAAUAUAUUUACCUGUUGCUGUACAGUUGUGAUAGACUGGACUGAAUUUAUUUUUUGUGUGCUUUUUUUAUAAAAUAUUAAUACACUAAAGGAAAUCUUGCGGAUGUGAUUGUAAUGUACUAUGUAAC